GAUCCAGAGGGAGGGGGCAGCAGAGACUCAGCAGCCGCCGCCGCCACACAGCUCAGUGUGGGUUCACAUUUCCAGAGGAGACAACUCUCAGUCCAACCUCCAACAUUUUCUGCCGAGCUCCGGUAACAAAACAAACGGAGCAGGACGCGUCCCGCUCCCCGGGACACACCGACCAAGGACCGGGUUCUCUCCUUCUUCUCCGGGACACACACACUCAGAGGAUACGAGUUCUUUUCUGUGGCACCGCCGGAGAUCCUGGAAGAUGGGUUCAGUCCCAGCGAUAUCGGUCCUCUUUCUGGGCAUCGUGGUUCCAGCGCUGGCCGGGUACAUUGAGGCACUAGCAGCCAAUGCAGGCACAGGCUUUGCAGUGGCUGAGCCGCAGGUGGCGAUGUUCUGCGAAAAGCUCAACAUGCAUGUCAACAUUCAGACCGGCCGCUGGGAACCCGACCCAUCCGGAACCAAGAGCUGUGUAGGAACCAAAGAGGGUGUGCUGAAGUACUGCCAGGAGAUGUAUCCCGAGCUCCAAAUAACAAAUGUGGUGGAAGCCAACCAGCCCAUUCGUAUUGAGAACUGGUGCAAGAAGGAGAAGAAGGUGUGCAAAGGCCACGCCCAUAUUGUGGUGCCUUACAAAUGCUUAGUGGGCGAGUUCAUGAGUGACGUGCUUCUGGUUCCAGAGAAGUGCAAGUUCUUCCACAAAGAGCGUAUGGACAUGUGCAUCAGCCAUCAGCAGUGGCACGGCGUGACCAAAGAGGCCUGUGCCAAGAGCUCCAUGGAGCUGCACAGCUACGGCAUGCUGCUGCCCUGUGGUAUCGACAAGUUCCACGGCACAGAGUACGUGUGCUGCCCCUCCUCUCGCACCGUGGAUUCUGCCCCACCUUCCCUGCCCUCCCAGGAGGAUGACGAAGAAGAGGAGGUAGAGGAUGAGGAGAUCGACGAGGCCGACCUGGACGAGGAGGAUGCUAUAGAGGACAGUGAGACACCACCUGACGAGCAGCCCACACAGAAGGAGGAGCUGCUGGACGAGGACGAGGAGGGUGAAGAAGAGGAAGAAGAGGAGGAAUACCACUAUGUCUACGAGGACGAGGAAGUGGACAAGGAAGACGAGGAUGAGAAGAAAAGCAAAAUAUCAGAGAGCCAAGAUGAGGACAAGACUCUGCAGGAAGUGAAAGCGGUUUGCACCCUGGAGGCUGAGACAGGCCCCUGCCGCGCCUCCAUGCCCCGCUGGCACUUCGACAUGAGCCAGGGGAAGUGUUUGCGCUUCAUAUACGGGGGCUGUGCCGGCAACCGAAACAAUUUCGACUCAGAGGAGUACUGCAUGGCCGUGUGCAAGCGCCUGAUCGUGCCCCCAACUCCUCAGCCCACUGAUGAUGUGGACAUCUACUUUGAGACGCCAGCCGAUGACAAGGAGCACAGUCGCUUCCAGAGGGCCAAGGAGCAGCUGGAGAUUAGGCACCGCAAUCGCAUGGAGAGGGUAAGAAAGGAAUGGGAGGAGGCUGAUCGCCAGGCUAAGAACCUGCCCAAGGCUGAGAGACAGACACUGAUCCAGCACUUCCAAGCCAUGGUGGAGUCCCUGGAGGAGGAGGCAGCCAGUGAGAAGCAGCAGCUGGUGGAGACUCACCUCGCCCGUGUGGAGGCCAUGCUGAAUGACCGGCGCCGUCUGGCCCUGGAGAACUACCUGGCCGCACUGCAGGCCGACCCCCCCAGGCCCCACCGCAUCCUGCAGGCCCUGAGACGCUAUGUCCGUGCGGAGAACAAGGACCGUCAGCACACUAUCCGACACUACCAGCACGUCCUGGCUGUGGAUCCUGAGAAGGCUGCUCAAAUGAAGUCACAGGUGAUGACCCAUCUGCGUGUGAUUGAGGAGCGGAUGAAUCAGAGUCUGUCUCUGCUCUACAAAGUACCUUAUGUGGCCGAGGAGAUUCAGGAUGAAAUCGACGAGCUUCUCCAGGAGCAGAAAGCCGACAUGGACCAGUUCCUGUCAUCCAUCUCUGAAUCACAGCCAGACGUCACCGUGUCGUCAGAGGAGAGCGUGGAAGUGCCCGUGUCCGAGGGCAAACCCUACCGGCCCUUCCAGGUCACAUCCUUGGGAUCCCGCUCUGAGCCAGAGGGCGAUCUAUCAGACUCCCCACGUGCCUUCAAGAAAGGCUCCGCCAUGUCUGGUUUGGACGGUCUGAUCGGUGCCGAGGAGAGAAUCAUCAACAGCAAACCCAAGAUCAGCGAGAAGGUGGUGAUUGUUGACAGUCUGGAUGUUAAAGAAGUGGUUUACAGUGCAGAGAGAGGCAGCCUUAUGCAUGAUGAUGAGCUGGAGUCCUAUCGCCCCCUGGGAGAAGAUUUCAGCUUCGGGAGCAGCGCACUGAUUGGCUUGCUGGUGAUUGCGGUGGCCAUAGCAACUGUGAUUGUGAUCAGUCUGGUGCUUUUGAGGAAGAGGCAAUACGGCACCAUCAGUCACGGCAUCGUGGAGGUUGACCCCAUGCUGACACCAGAGGAGCGUCACCUCAGCAAGAUGCAGAACCACGGCUACGAAAACCCCACCUACAAAUAUCUGGAGCAGAUGCAGAUCUAACCAGAGCCUAAAGGUGGCACUGUGGAGUCUUGACAGAGGACGGCAACCUAGGGGGAACAUACUACUGACCAAUAACACAUGAUGCUAUUGCUACAAUUAUUUUCAAAGAUCCAAACUCCAUUUACUGGUUUGUUGAAAACAAUCCUUAAAUAAUGCUACUACUUCUACUACUGCUACUAUUGUACUAUAGAGCUCGUUUGAUCAUUUUUCUUUUGAAGAGGUGAUGUAUCUGCCAUUUUGCAUUUCAGAAAAUGUGAUCAUGCAGAUUUCUCUGUAAUUAUCAAUACAACUCUCUCUCAGAUCAAGAUGUAUAACAUUUCUUCAGAUGUUUUUUUCAUUUUUUUUUUACGUGAAAGGCAAAAAUCAGGCGGAAAUCUAAGCGU